AGGCUCUCGGGAGUGUGCGAUUUCAAAAGUAGUCAUCAGGCGAUCUCGCCAGCGCAACGAACGCGCCUCAUAUCCGUAAACACCGUUUGUAGCCCUCAUGCUGGCGCCGUCGACACUGAAGCACGAUGCGACGGCUGCCGCGCGGGCGGCGGAGGCGGACGAACAGCACGGUGGUGAAGACGCCGUCACCACCGAGCGUCCACGGAAACAUGAUAUCAGUAGCUUGCGCGCGAGAGGGUCCGUUAGCAAUAGUCCCUUUCGGUCUCUGAUGUUGAAGGGCAGCAGCGGGACCUGGAAGGAGGAGGUUUCCAAUGUAAAGCCGCCAAAUCCCAAGCUUGUUGACCCUCAGCCGCCAUGGAAGGAUUCAAAGCCCAAGGCCCUAGAUAUGGAAAGAUGUCGGGCAGCGAGCGCUACUCCAUACACCUCGUCGAGCACCUCGUCCGCUAAACACUCACCACGCCUGAAAGACUUCAAGAACGGCUCCGUCCGGGGAAACCCGUUUGUCCUCGCCGACCGAGGCACGGGUGGGAAGACUGGCGAGACGAUGAAGGCGGAACCUUCCCACUUGCGUGAUUGGCGAUCGAGAUCUUCUUCAGCGUUGCCGGAAAACAGCUCAGCGGCAUCAACUCCACCACCUGUACCGCAUACGAUCAGCGAUACCCGCCAGCGAAACAGAUUAUCUUUGCCGGACAUGUGGAAAGGGAAGACGACUGAAGGAAACGAAACACCCAAAGCUCCGGAGGUGGUACCCGGUCUCUCGUCCUCCGAAGGUUUCUGGCCCAUCCGCAAGGACUCCUUCGGAGUUGCCGUAGGUGCCAAGUAUCUGGAGUCUGUGAAUGCCAAAAAGAAGUCUGGAUCCAGCCGGCGGUCGCUUGAUGUCGCGAUGUUCAAGCCUCCUGAUGAGACAGAGAUUGGAUCCAAAGGGGCUGGUGUCGAAGAACCUGUUCCACUCAGAUUGGGUAGUGACGAAACCGAGACCGUUCCCACGGAGUCGAACGUUGAGAUCCCCAAUUCAAUCAGCAUAGCGGGUGAUCAAACUUCGGCCGAGGUCGAGAGUUCUUCGCACCUCGCCGCCGAUGCAUCCUCAUUAGCCUCUCCAGAUGUUUCCAACGACGCUCCUGACCGGGCGCCGGACGCGGCGAGUGUUGAAGAUGUGACGUUGGUUUCAACUUCAACACCUCCGGAGAUGUCUGCCGAUAUCGAGCAGAAAGACCACCUGCUUGAUUCCUCGCCGGACGAAGCUGCGGAAACCUUUCCCGUGGUAGCGGAUGAAGAUACUUCCAAGGUCGGUACUGCUGCAGAUGACAAUCGACACGAAGCUGGUGUUUCCAAACUUGGCCGAGUCCCAUCCAGCGCGAAGCAAGCUUUCAAGCGAAUAUGGAGUCCAACUCGCCUCCAGGUUCCCUCAGUCUCGGCUAUCUUCGAUGACCCCGACUGGCUGCAUGCGAUCCUCGGCUCUAACAAGUCAGCAGCUGCCAACGCCACGUCACCUGUCACACCUACAACAUCCCCGACGUCCGCUAUCGCUGAAGCAUCCCCAAGAACCUCACUUAGCACAAUGGUCCCGGCCGUCAAUCUCCCGCCACCUCCGAAUACCCCUCCAUCAAUCGUCCGCCCGCCUACGCCUCCUCUCACCUCGCAUCAACCUAUGCCACCACCGGAUACCGUGUUUCCGCCUCCUGCAGCAAUGACCAGCGGUUCUGAUGGCACUCAACAAACCCCAAAAGGUAGCGGUCUGAAAAUAUGAACCUCGCAUUACUUUUUCAUUCAUGGCCCCAUCCUCUUUCUG